UGCAUUGCUGCACAACAUCUGCAAAGCAAGAAACAUCAUUCUUCCUGAGGAAGAAGAACAUCUUGCUGCAGGAGAGGAUGGAGGCAAAGAGGAGCAACCCCCAGCACAGAAAGUUCAAAGUCGCCAUGAAGGAAUCCUUUACAGGGAUGAAUUUGUUGUGCUUCACUUCAAGUAAGUAACACAACCCAUAAUGCUGAUUAUAGUAGCAUUCUUCAGUUUUUUCUCCUCUGUCACUUUGUUAUUUAUAUUUAUAUGUCUUGUUAUAUGUCUUGUUUUGUUGUGUGUGCACUGUUAUGUUGGUGAUUUCAUCUUCCUUGCCUCACUCUCUGCCAGUCACCCACUACUGCAAAGAUAGAGUUCUUCGCAGAUACCACAGUAUUACUGUUCAGCCUUACAAUAUUUAAAUGGGUUAUGAUGAAUGUGUAUCUCAGCAACAUCUAAAAAAAUAAUUAACACACUUUCACAACUAACUUUCCAUCAGCUUUUUACAGUUCAUGGGUUUCUUCGAUCCAAUAAUUGUGUCAAGCAGGUGCCUCUGGCCUUUGUCCUGAUGAGUCACCAUCGCAAGGGUGAUUACACACAGGUCUUCAAGGCCAUCCUAGAUUCUUUGCCAAAUGAAGCAAACCUGGAAGACGUUGUUUGUGACUUUGAGGCAGCAAUCUGGCAGGCCGUGAAGGAGUGUAUGCCUGAUGUACAUCUGCAUGGAUGUCACUUCCACUGGUGUCAGGCAGUGUAUAGAAAGCUUAACAGCCUGGGCCUGUCAACAGCGUACAGGAAGCGUGGCCCUCUGUAUCAUCUUUUUAAGAGAGUGCUAGCACUACCAUAUCUUCCUCGAAGGCACAUACAUGGGGCAUUUGACCAACUGAAGCUGCAGGCAGAACAAUCGGCACAAAUAAUACAACUCUUUGAUUAUAUUGAGACUACCUGGUUCCAGUCAGCCACAUGGGAUGUCGUCAACUGGUGCAACUUCAAAAAACUGGUGAGAACAAAUAAUGAUGCAGAAGGUUGGCACCGACGAUUGAACACCAGGGCUGGAGGUAGCAGUGUACCAAUAUACAAGCUCCUGAAAGAUGUACUGCGAAAAGAAGGACAGUUCGUGACUACGCAGCACCAACUUGUGGCUGAACACAUUCUUAGUAGCUGUUCCAGGAAGUCCUCCAAGGAUAAACAAGGAAAAUUGCACGAGUUGUGGAUGCAAUAUGAACGUCGAGAACUGACAACGGGUGCUUUUCUCUCAGCGUGUGUACCUUUGGUACCUUUAUAAGUUAUGAUUAGUACUGCAAAUUUUAUCAUGUCUGACUGUUAUUUUAGCUAUGCAAUGUACAUUUUAAGAUGUAUAUACAUUUAUACUUUUAGAGGUAAUAAAUAUUAUGAAGUC